AUGCAACCUCGUGGGGUACGCGGUUGGUGGCAGAACCUGCUACCCGAUCCUCCCGCGAUGAGGGAAAGAUCCCCUACAGAACUCCUGGACGACUUGCGGCUGUCCAUGCCGGCGACAACGGACGAGGCCCUAUUAAGGGAACAUUGGUUGCGGCGCCUCCCCACCUGGCUACUGAUCGCCCUACUGCACACUCGCGAAUCGUUGGAUGAUUUGGCGGUCAGGGCUGAGUUGGCCGUCCGAUCAAGGCACGCGUCACUGCUACCGCCGCGCGAGGCUCAGCUCGAGGCUCGGGUAGAAAAUCUGGUCUCGAUGGUACGCGACCUGACGCUCUCGAUCGCCGAGCAACGUCGCAGUCCACCCGGCAAUCGGGCAUCCCCACCGAAGCUCCGCUCUCGAGCAGUAUCCACGGACGCCGAAGAUGGAGAGUCACGUCAACCGUCGCCAAUCAGGGCCAAACUGCCGCCUGCCGACGCGCUCCUCACUAAAGGAUGGUGUUGGUACCACCUGAGGUGGGGACGCACGUCGAAGACGUGCCGCAUGCCAUGCGCCUUCCCCAGGCCGCCUGACCAUUCCAUUAAACUAAUCUAA